GCUUUGAACGGAAGGGAGUUGUGCGGGGACGCGCACAAGUGACGCGCAUGUCAACGGCAGCAUCUAGCAUAGGUGUUUUCUAUCUGCCCAGCUGAUUCUCCGAGCCGGCUUCAUUAUUUUCCCCACCUACCUAGCAAUAGGAAUCCAAAAUGACGACCGCCCCGUACAACUACUCCUACAUUUUUAAAUACAUCAUCAUCGGGGAUAUGGGCGUGGGCAAGUCCUGCUUACUCCAUCAGUUCACAGAGAAAAAGUUCAUGGCGGACUGCCCCCACACCAUCGGUGUGGAGUUUGGCACGCGCAUCAUGGAGGUGAGCGGCCAGAAGGUGAAGUUGCAGAUCUGGGACACGGCCGGCCAGGAGCGCUUCAGAGCCGUCACCCGCAGCUACUACCGAGGAGCCGCCGGAGCCCUGAUGGUCUACGACAUCACCAGGAGGAGCACGUAUAACCACCUGAGCAGCUGGCUGACUGAUGCUCGAAACCUCACCAACCCAAACACAGUCAUCAUCCUGAUCGGGAACAAAGCGGAUCUGGAGGCACAGAGGGACGUCACGUACGAGGAGGCCAAGCAGUUCGCCGAGGAGAACGGUUUACUCUUCCUAGAAGCCAGUGCCAAGACUGGUGAGAACGUGGAGGAUGCGUUCCUGGAGGCUGCUAAGAAGAUCUACCAGAACAUCCAGGACGGCAGUCUGGACCUGAACGCGGCCGAGUCGGGCGUGCAGCACAAGCCCUCGGCACCGCAGGGGGGGCGGCUGGCCAGCGACACCCCCUCUCAGAAGGAGGGCUGCAGCUGCUAGGGACACACACACACACACACACACACACACACACACUCGCCCUCACAAACAAGCGUCCUUUCACCCCCUCCACACACACACGCGCGCGCACACAUGCAGAAACACACACCAUACAUAAACACACACACACACGUCCUAUCUGUCUGAAGUUCUACGGGCGGCGGAAAGUCCUACAGACUUCUGAAGAUAUUUUUUUUUCUUUUUUGGACCUCCCACCCCAAUCUCUUUCUUUCUCUCCCUCUAUCUCCCUCUCUCUCUCUCUCACACACACACUGUCUGUAGGCUUUUUCUCCCUCUCUCUCUCUCUCUCUCUCUCUCUGUGUGUGUGUAUGUGUGUGUGUGUGUGUGUAUGAGGGGUGUGUGUGUCAGAUGAAUCUGGAGUCCUCAGUGCUGUUGGCAUGAGUGGCUUGUCUUUCCCCGAUUUCCUUUUUCUUUGAUUUUCUUUUUUUGUUUCCUCUUUUGUAAGACAUUUUGCUUAACUUAUUCUGGCGGUGAGGAUGAGGGGUGGAGGGGGUGGGGGGAGGGUUGGGGUUGCAGACAGACAGACAGACCGAGAGACAGACAGACAGACAGACAGGCAGGCAUUAUGCCUGAAGAGCCGUGUUGUGUUUUAAAGAGGAUUUUAACCCCCGUGAGGGCGCGAGGCCCUCUGGCGCCGCCCUACAGGAGCACGUGUAACAUAAAAUCAAAUAAAAGUCUUUGUGACGACGAGUAGAAAUCUAACCCUGUAACAGAUCCAGUAAUAUAUGAAUGAAGAGAGACCAGCGGGGGGACGCGCGCUCAGUCUUGGCACCUUGUGGCGGCGGCGCGGUGCGGAGUGGCG